AUGGCGACCAUGACAACAACGACGACGGUAGCGUCGCUGCCGUCUCUAGGCGAGGACAUCGCUACCCGCUUAUUGAACGGGACUCUCCAUGCUAGCUAUCCUCCUAUUGAAAAAUUCAUGACAAUCGAUGGUUUACUCAAAUCCCACGCGGCCCAGCCAGAUCAAGCAAAGAAACCAUUGAUAUGUUACCCAGUCCGAGGGUCUGCGGACUUCGAAGAGCAUACAGCUGGUGAUCUGGACCAAUAUACGGACCUUGCGGUUCAUUAUUAUAUGGACAAAGGACUGCAACCAGCGGAUCCAACGGCUGAAAAAGCACCAGUUGUUGCUAUGCUUGCUGGGUCAAGUUUCGAAGUCAUCUUGACGUUUUUCGCUCUGAAUCGCCUAGGUUAUGCUGUUUUAUUCCUGUCUACUCGACUUACAGCACCAGCAUAUGCACGACUACUUAGUAUGGUAGAUUGCUCCCAGAUCAUUAUUGCAAAGCAAUAUGAACAAACGGUGCAUGAUAUUGACGAAGACCGCCCCGGCUGUGGUAGCUUCCCAAUUCUCCAGCGUGAAGACUGGUUCAACAGACCCGCGAGGAGUCCCCAAUUUCGGAGAGUGAAUGUGGACCCAACACGGGAGACCAACAAGAUGGCUUGGAUACUUCAUUCAUCCGGCAGUACGGGCUUCCCUAAGCCUAUACUUCUAACGAAUUAUCAAUCUCUAGCCAACUUCAGAAAAAGCUUCGGUCUGCGUCUAUUCAACAUCAGCCCUCUAUUUCAUUCGCAUGCUCUGAUGGAACUAGGACGAGCAUUUUAUACCCGUGCCCCGGCAUUUCUUGGAAAUCAUUCAAUGCCAAUCACGUAUCAAAACCUCAUCGACGCCUUAGCGGUAGCGAAGCCACGUCAAAUCAGUGCUGUACCAUACGUGAUCAAAUUGCUGGCGGAAAAGCCAGAAGGUAUAUCAGCGCUUGCCAGACCACAGCUUGUAAUUUAUGGUGGAUCAAGUUGCCCAGAUGACCUGGGAGACAGGUUAGUCGCGCAGGGUGUCAAUCUUGUCGCUAACUAUGGCGCCACGGAGACUGGACAAAUCAUGACCUCUUUCCGACGCGAGGGUGACAACGAGUGGCAGUAUAUGCGCUUGCAUCGCCCUGUUGCAGACUACACUCUAAUGGACGAAAUAUCACCAGGUGUUUUUGAAUGUGUUGCCUUGGAUGGAUUACCAAGCAAGGGACCUUCGAACUCGAAACCACCUUUCAGCGACAAAAAUCCAGAGAACAGUUUUCGGACUGCCGACUUGUUCACUAGACAUCCCGACCCGAAGAAAAGCAACCAUUAUAAGUAUCUCAGCCGCCUUGACGACAGAAUCACUCUCGUGAACGGCGAGAAGGUACUGCCGAUUCCAAUUGAAGGUCGUGUUCGAGAAGAGGUAAUUGUCGGAGAAUGUGUGGUAUUUGGCUUCCAGCGAACGGUGCCAGGCGCUCUCAUAUUCCGUGCCCCUGAAAAGGCACUUCAUUUGAACGACGAGGACUUUUUAGAAAGGAUUUGGCCAGCUGUGGAGGCAGCCAAUGCUCGUGCUGAAACAUUUUCCCGCAUUCCUAAGGAUCUGGUUAUCAUCAAGGGUGCCGAUGUUCCAUACGCGAAAACCGAUAAAGGAACAUGCAUUCGUGCUCAAGUUUAUCAGCAGUUCGAAAAUGAUAUACAGAAAGCAUACGCCGGGUUUGAAGGAACUGGACAGAGAAGGGGCACACUAGCACUCAGUGUCCCCGAACUGGAAGAUUGGCUAUUAUCUUGCUUUCGGGAUGAGUUGGAUGUUCCACUCGAGACAGCCGAGACCGAUAUUUUCUCUGCUGGAGUGGAUAGCCUGCAAACCACACGAGCAUGGAGGUGUAUAGUGCGUGAUCUUGACCUCGGUGAACAAGGUGACAACUUAUCCCAAAAUAUCGUCUUUGAGAAAGGGACAGUCAGGGCACUUUCUCGGCACCUCUAUCAACUUCGCACUGGUCAAGAAGUUGAAGCCGCUGAGGAUGAAGUGCAAACUAUGCGUGAACUGAUUGACAAAUACUCGAAUUUCACCCACCACUAUCCCACAAUCCAAAAGCAACCAGAGACAGAAGUCGUGGUUGUCACAGGGGGAACGGGAAAUUUGGGAGCAUUUAUAAUUGCAGAGUUGCUGAAACGACCAAGUGUAUCUGAAGUUUGGGCACUUGUCCGCGCACCUGGACAGGUGGCCGCAGGAGCUCGUCUCUGGAAAGCGUUGGCCGAUCGGAAAAUUUCUCUCGCUGACGCAGAGUCUGCAAAGCUGCACGCAGUCCCUAGUGAUUUGUCACAGGAGAACCUGGGUCUAGAUAGCUAUGUAGUUGAGCAUUUGCUCUCGUGCACUACAAGCAUCAUACACAGCGCUUGGGCAGUCAACUUCAAUCUUGGCGUACGAUCAUUCGAGCAGCAACAUAUCCGUGGUACCUAUAAUCUAAUCAACUUUUGUCUGCGGUCGAAGUUGCCGAGGCCCUCGCGUUUCUUCUUCUGCUCCAGCGUAAGCGCUGCCAGCAAUACCCCCAAGCCCUCAUCAAUUUCAGAGUCGAAGAUCGAAGAGCUGUCCCACGCGCAGAAAAUGGGAUACGGAAGAUCCAAACUGGUUACCGAACAUAUCACUCACAAUGCUAUGCGCGAUGCUGGUCUCCAUGCUAGAGUAUUGAGAAUUGGCCAGCUGAGUGGCGAUACUAAGAGUGCACAGUGGAAUGAGACAGAGGCUGUAGCUCUCAUGUUCCGCAGCGCAUUGACAACAGGUGCAUUGCCUACCUUGAAUGAAAGACCAAGUUGGCUCCCAGUCGACCAAUGUGCCGAGGCAAUCGCGGAAAUCUCUUUAAAUACCUCCUCCCUCCGACCAGAAGUUGAUUUGGUCUAUCACUUAGUCAAUCCGCUAACUUUCAGCUGGAAAGAUGAUUUGCUUCCAUCUCUCAAGCAAGGAUCAGCUCUACCGGAGUUUGAAAUUGUUAGUCCACAGGAGUGGCUGGAAAGACUAUCGAAGAGCGACCAGAACCCGGAGACAAAUCCCAGUAUCAAACUGAUUGAUUUCUGGAAGUCUAAGUAUGGGGGCCAGAGUGCACAGCAGGAAGAAACAGCGGGCCUUUCCUUUAGGACUGAUAGUACCACAAGGGACUGCCCUUCGUUGGCUCUUGUUGGAAAUCCGGUGCUGGACGGCUUGGUUGAUAGAUACAUCUCCACAUGGAUGACUUCCUGGAAGGUAUAA